AUGGAGAACCCGAAUGCUGCCGGUCAGUCCCCUUUCUUCCUCGUGGAAGUGAUCGGUGACUCUGAGGCUGCAUCAGAUCCUGCGUGGAAUGCCGAUGGCUGUGAGGCUGAAGAAGCGGAUCACGACGAUGAUGACGCCGAGUCCAGCAGCUGCGAUUCGUCCGAUCACCGUGAUCUCAAUCCCGGCUUUGACUCUGAGGGCUGCAGAGAUGAUGAAGCGGAAGCUGCAGCGGGAAUGAGCGGGGAUGAGCUGCAGAUAGAUCGGUUCCCAACGUACCGAGCAGGACUGUUCAGUCAGGAUCUGCAGGUUCCGAUGGCGGAGCAGAAGUCCUGCGUAUCCGUUGAUUCGGCUUCUCCGACGAAUGAGCUCAUGAAUGAGAUGGAGAGGAGCAGGCUGUUUUGGGAGGCCUGCUUAGCAUCAUCCUGGUUUUAUUUUAUUUGUUCUUUUUAA